AUGGGUUCAAACCAUCGGCAGUCUCUCCUGAAACAGAUAUAUGUAUGUGGAGACCGCAACAGUGGUCCCGAGCUACGGCAAGGCUUGGACCUGUUCCGGGUUAUCAACCGUACCGGCCUGCAAAUCCGCAGGGGCGUGGGCCUCAACUCAGAGCCCUGCGGUCGCCUGUUCGCCGGAGACGUAUUCUGCGUCAACCGUUGUUCAGCAGUACCCCACCACCAGGAGAACAAGAGAGGGAAAAUGCGCCAGCUACGCUUGACUCGAUUGCAUAUGGUCCAGCCGUACACGGGCUGGGUCACUUGGUCUUCCAAGUGGGUGGAAAAGUUUCAGGGGGGCGACACAAGGCCUGGACCGAUCCCUCUGAAAUCGACGCUGAGGGACAACUGCCCGGUGUCGAUGGUGAAACCGUCGGACGCAUGCCCCGUGCGGAGGGGGGCAUCAUCGCGGGAUGGGGUGUGGCCGGUGGACGUCAAAAGCAUCCCAGGGCCCAAGUACCUUCCCAGUGUUUCAGGGGCUAAUAGAGACCAUAGCAGUGCGGAAUACGGGGUUGUAUUCCCCAAAGAACGAAGGUUUCUGAGCAAUUCCACCAGACGCCAGCCCGUCUCCAGUACCACCGCAGCGGGUGCGGGUAGCCCAUACAUCGGGCUCAAGGAGCAAGAGGCAGCCGACAAAAUCGUCGGGAAGGCCAACGCGGGGACCACGGGCUGCCCCGUGAUACGUACGCUCGUGUCCAGCAGAGGAGAACGAGAAGGCCCAGACGGAUGUUUCGUGACGAGAAUGGGUGCAGAGUCUCCCGGGCCGACAUCGGGGGAGAGGAACGGAAGCAGACGAGGACUAGCCGAGCGCGUGGCACGGUACAUCCCACUUCAAUCUAUAAAGAUUGUCGUCGUGGCCUGGCAGAUCGUGACACAGAUUGCUCAGGGCCGCGGAGGAGGGAAUACCGCAGGAGGAGCUCGCACCAGCGGAGGAGGUGGCGCAACCAGUGCCGGCGGACCCGGUGGUGCGCGGCAGAAUGGGGUCGCACCCCAAAACGCGGUUGCACUCGACCAAGCCGAUGGCGCCGCAGCUGGAGCCGCCGGAGGGGGUGGGAGCGCCAAUGACGCCGUGAGAGGUGCAGGUGCGCUGAGCCUGCCAGAAGUGGCAAACUUAGCCCUGCAAACUACCGUAGGUGACACUUCCACACCCACAGAGGAUACCACAUCCCUAUAA